CUGCAGCGCUGCAAUCGCUCAAUCAAAUUCGCUCCGCCGCGAUGUGUUGAGUCCGGUGCUGAAUGGAAUAAGAGAGAAGUGUUUCGCAAUCACCGGAUUUCAUCGCGGGGUGACCCACAGCGAAUCGUACCGAAAGUCUCGCGAAGUGUAUUAACUCCGCUGGCCGUUUUGUCGUGAAUUGGAGAAGUGUGAGUGAAGAUUUUCAUCGUUCCCACCGAUCGAUCGGUUUGCAAGUAAAGUAGAGUGGAAUUUCUGGCACGAAUCCGUCCCGUGUGUGGUCAACAUAUAGGAAAACCUGAUCCGAAGUGUUCUCCAUCAGAAAAACCAUCGUGUAGUGUGAGCAGUACAGACGACCACUGUAUACGGGAUCGCGAGAGUUAAAACUUUGUGAAAUCUCACCUCGACAGACAUGCAGUGUACUCUCCCAUAUUCUCUCGCGCUCUCUCGGCAUGCGUUUGGACUGGCGAAAGAUCUCGCGAAGUCCAGUGAUAAUCUGGUGGUGGUUAAGCGCCUCCGAAUCUUCAAGAUCCCCAACGUUUCGGGGGUUUCUAGCGUAAUGCUGCCGACCGAUCGGCUCACAAUUCUUUUGACUAUGGCGUGUUUAAGUUCGUCGAAUCGGGUCUGCGCCCGCGUUGUGCAGGAAAAACUGUGUCAGUUUGUUGUUGGCAAAAAUCAGCUAGUGACCACUGCCAGCGCUGUCACUAACGGUGACAGUGUUUCUGAAAAAUCCGGAACUGGUGCUGGAUCCAGCAGCAGCAAUGGCAGCGGAAACAGUGGCAGUGUAAGUCCGGUUAUGAAUCGUGUUGCGAAGAGAAGCUCGGUCUUUUCCGGUGUCGUUUAUCCGUUGUUUACAUCCGGUGGUGCUAUUGGUGUGGAGGCCCUCAAGUACGGACCGUGUGGAAUAGGUGUUGGAAGUGUUCGCAAUUUUUACAGUUCAUCCUUGGUACGCAAUCUCUUCAAGAAGAAUCAGCCAUCCAGUUCACAGAUCCUUCCCCCAGCCACACAUCCCUGUAUGCGAGGAUACAGCUCCGUUCACACACAGCAGCCGGCCGGUCCGAUACGGGAAUACAACAUCGAUCCGUACAUCCUGCUGGACGAAGAGCUUAAAUAUAUCUUCGAAGAUAUUAGACAAGAAAUCAACCGUGCCACCAACCACCAAGAGCUGAAAAAGAUCGCCGUGUAUUACUUUGACGGUCAGGGAAAAGCGAUCCGGCCGAUGGUCGCGAUGCUGAUGGCCAAAGCGUUAAACUAUCACAUGCACAACGAGACCAGCAAUGUCGUGCACGCCCAACGACAGAUCGCCAUGAUUGCAGAGAUGAUCCACACCGCCAGUCUGGUGCACGACGACGUCAUCGAUCAGUCCUUCGCGCGGCGGGGUAAACCUAGUGUCAACGUAAUAUGGAACCACAAAAAGGUGACGCAAGCCGGUGAUUAUGUUCUAGCCAUUGCCUCAAUGCUGCUGGCCCGCCUUAAACACGACGAAGUCACACACAUCCUCAGUCAGGUACUGACAGACUUAGUGCAAGGUGAAUUCAUGCAGCUGGGCUCAAAGGAAACGGAAAACGAACGAUUCGCUCACUACUUCACCAAGACGUACAGGAAAACAGCGUCCUUGAUUGCGAAUAGUUUGAAAGCGGUGGCCGUUCUAUCCGGAGCGGACGAAAAGAUGGUGGAACUAAGUUUUCAGUACGGACGAAACCUCGGACUAGCCUUUCAGUACGUGGACGAUCUGCUCGAUUUUGUGUCCAGUUCGGAGGCGAUGGGUAAACCGGCGGCAGCCGAUCUGAAGCUGGGACUGGCCACCGCGCCGGUGCUGUUUGCGUGCGAAAAAUUCCCCGAGCUGAACCCGAUGAUUCUGCGCCGCUUCCGGGAGCCGGGUGACGUCGAGCGGGCAUACGAGCUCGUUCACAAGUCCCAGGGCCUGGAGCAGACGCGCUUUCUCGCACGCGAGCACUGCAUCGAGGCGCUCCGGCUGGCGUCCCAAAUCAGCGAAUCGCCGUAUCAAAAGGGUUUGAUAGUGGUCGGCGACUUCGUGCUGAACCGAAUGAAAUAGUAGUAUGUCGUGCGUGCGUGCGUGAGCGAACGGUGGCAGGCGGAACGAGAACGAGAACGAGCAACAACACACCCAAUGGCAGAGCUUCUCUAAAAACCAGUAAAGAUUGCCACCGCCACCGAGCAGUGAAAUGAGGAGAAAAAAAAAGAAAAGCGUAAGGAAAGACAGCAGCAGAUAGAGUGAGAGAGAAAGAAAGAGAGUGAACGGGUGCACUAGGAUUAAUUUAGCUAGGUUUUGGGAAGCAGGAACAUUUCGGCAGCUUAGGGAGCCGAAUCCGGGAGGGACAUGUACAGCAGUAUGUUUAUUUUUUUUGCAAUAAAAAGGUUUGUGUGUGUUUGAGCGAAUAUUUUAACUGCAACCACUGGAAGUAACCACUUUUUCAACCUGUGUGCUUGCUCUGCUUGUUAGACAUUGGACUUUCGGGCAAUCGGUACGCGUGAGCUUGAAACGUUCUCCAGAGUGUGUGAGCGUGCCAGAGGAACUAGUGCGGGUUUUAUAUCUAAUAAAUUUGUAAAGAAAUAAAAAAAAAACUCAUAAUAUGUACUAGAGUCAGUAAGAUUAUCUAGCGAGAAGAAAAUAACCAGUUUAUUAAUCAAGAUUAAUAAAAUAAGUCAAGGUUCACCCGAAACUUUACAGUGCGAAGCAAAGGAAGUCGGUUGUCUGCAGCGGCGGGUUUUAGUGCCCUUUUCUUUUUCGAAGCUGCCGGCAGCCGAUUCCCUCCAACUUCGUAAAUGUGUGAAAUCUAUUCAUUACAUCUAUUGCUAUCUAUUUGUAUUCCUUAUUGGGUUAGCUAAAUUGAACAAUCAUGUACGAAGUGCAAUGUCGACCGGAGUGUUGACUUAAUCAUCUUAUUUUUUUUGUUUUUUUUUUUUCAAUUCUGUUGUAAAAUACUGUGUACCUAGUGUUCGGACUAACUAGCAGUGAAGCGAUAAUGUAGGAUUGGCGCGGCGAGUGGGUGUGCAAGAAGUGAGCGAACGAGACGCGAUGGGCGGGGUUGAGGGGAAAACUAGGUCAGUUCCGGUCAUACGUUUCCCAUUCAAUAGAUUCAAGAUUUCAACUUUCACAAUAAAUGAUAGUCACAUGAGUUUUGUUGUUCCUAAGUGUUUGACGAACCGGCGGCAGAAAUUAAGCAUGAGGCAUUGAUAUUUGGAAUUGAACCAUCUUUCUUCCGAAAUGGGAUCUAGCUGCAUUUGAUCCUUUUUUUCGCACAAACUUGACCUAAUAUCUCACACCCUUGGUUUGUAAGCAAUUGACAGUGAUGUCAAAUGUUAGCACAAAUCUUGGAUAGACUUGAUUUCAUUGAUACAAGCGUAGAGACAAAUCGUAGAGAAAAGAAUGCCGGAAGUACGUCAUCACAAUAAGCACUGCCAUUGGAAAUAGUGGAACAAAGAUUAGAGGAAUGAAGAUGAUGAGUGCGUUGUUAGGCAUGGUUGCGGGUAGAUAAUUUCAAACUCUUUUUUAUUUGGAAGUAAAAAAUAAUUUUGACUGUGGCAGAUUGAGAUAAUACGAUUCGACAGAAAGUUGGGCGCCUUAGAUUAUGACAAAAGAAAAUGUAAAUAAGAACUAGUUAAGCAAGUUAAACGGUAAUACAAGAAGAAAGCGCAAACACGCAGCAGAAUUGUGCGUACCUGUGUAUGCGUGCGUGUUCUAGCUCGUAAGUGUCAAACGAAGUAGGCCAAUAUGCGACCUCUAGCUGCUCAAUUAUCGAUUAAAGUGGAGACCGUAGCAGAUCAAAUUAUUAUUAUUUUAAAACACGCAACACUAAUUUUGAUGAAAUCAAAGAAACACACACACACACAAACACACACGCGACACCCCAUACUGUAAAUAGUAGCUCUAAUUUAACCUCUAGGGAAACGUAAAAAACAUUAGUUUAACUCAAACACUAUUUUACACAUUUGUACGCACUUGUUACUUUUUUGAGUUUGCAUUACUCUAUUUCUGUUCUAACACUUAAAUUCAUGUUUUGUUUUCACUUUUUUUUUUCUUUUACAAAAAAAUCAACAAAACUCUCUUUCCCUGUCGUGGCAGAGGAAACUCCGAAAAUCUCUCAGUGUACUUGGGCGCCAGUAGGCCGACAUUAGGCCUACUUAUCAAACAGGUAGUGCCUACUUAUCAAGUUGUAGUAAAAGAAGUUCCACUAAAAAAAUAAAAUUAAACCAAGACACCGAAAUAACCGCCACGAUUUGCUUCACCCCUACACAUGAUCACUGACACACCUGCACUUUCAUACACACACACAUGUACACAUCCGUUGACACCCGUCUGAAUUUAGAUCCAAGAUUUGUAGCAAAAAAAGCGACUAAAAUUACCAAAAUCGAGAUCAAAAAACAAUGCUUAAAGCUUUUUCGUUGCGAUUAUGCAGUAGCUAUCAUUUGCCCAGUCUUGGCGUACCAUUGUGGGAUACCAACCAACAAGAGAACUAGAAAACACAUGCACAUAAGAAGAAGAAGAAGAAGAAGAAGAAGAAGAAGAAGAAGAAGAAAAAACGAUAGCAGAAAAUGUAGUUUGUUUCAGGGGGUUAUUGAGAGAAGCCGAUGUAUAUUAUCGUUGCUACAAUUUACACAGUCUUCACAAAGAGAAUGUUUUUGAUAUGUAAUGAUGAAAAUGAAAAGAAAUAAAUGAGACUAAUCAUCUAUCAAAA